AUGGAUCUAAUAUCUUUAGGUUUAACACCAACUACUAAAAAGUCAAAUAAGAUAAUAAAGGUUAUUAAUAAUAAUAAUAGAAUAUCAAUCUCAAUUAAACAAGAAUUUGAAUUAUUAAAUAAUUUUACAAAACAAUUUUUAACAUCUCAAUAUGAAACAAAUCAAUCGAAUCAAAAUGAACAAUUACAACAAUUAUUUAAAGAAUGGUAUUAUUUAUUUGAUUGUGAAAAUUUUAGAAUUAAUAAAAUAUCAAAUUUAAACUUAGAUAAAUUAAUUAAAUUAUAUGAUUCGAUUAAUAAAUUGGAAGUAAAUGAUCAAAAUGAUAAACAAUUGAUAGAAUUGAUUAAUAAAUAUAUGAUACUUGCAAUUACUUUAAAUUUAUCAAAUUCAUUAAUUUAUAAAACUUUAAUUUUGAAAAACCAACAAGUCUACUGGGAGUCAAUUUAUAAUUCAACUAGUAAUAAAUUGAUAUAUUUUAUUCAGACUUUCCCUGUUAAAUUAUACAGAUUGAGUAGUUCAGUAAUUGAAAGAACAAAAUAUAAAUUGGAAUCAAAUUUUAAUGCUCAGGGAACUAGUGAUGGUAAUCUAUUUUCGAAAACUAAAAAUAUUUCAAUUGCUUUGAUCAAGUCUUUUAAAAACAUUGUUGAAAACUUAUUCGUUCAAGAAAAUCCUUCAAUUACAUUUUUAUCAAAAACUAAUAAAUUUACAAUCUCGUCUAUUAAUUGGUAUCUUAAAUCAAUUUUUAAAUCUCCAAUUACUAUAAUUGACAAAGAAGUUAAAUCAAAUCUUAAAUUAAUUAAACAUGAAAUUGAAAUAAAUACGAGAAAUAUAGACAUUCUAAUCAAAUCGGAUAUUAAAGACCUUGUUCCAUCUUUAAUUAAAAUAUUAGAAUUAGAUAAUGAAGGUAUUAAUUUAAUAGUACAAGCUACUGAUUCUAUUAUUAAAUUUGAUAAAUUUAAAAAUUAUACAUCUACAUCACAACCAUCAUUUAUAACUAGAUAUUGGGUAAUUUUAUUACUUUUAAUCAAAUAUGGUCCAUCACAAUCUAUAAAUAUUUAUAAUAAUCGAAAUGAAAUAAUUGAAUGGAUUAAAUAUAAUGGAAUUGAACCAAUUAAAGGAUUUAUUCAAAAUUGGGUAAUUAAACCAAUCAAUGAAAUAUUAAAUAUACUCAGAUCAGAUGAUGAAAUUUCAAUCACUACCAAAGAUUCAUUAAAAUCAGAUAUAACAUCAUUAGAAAAUAUGAUUUAUGAAUUUGCACAAGAUAAUAAAAUUGAAACAACUCCAGAAACAAUUUCCAAAAAUGUAAAUGAUGGAAAUUUACAAAUUAUAAUGUCAAGAUAUGAAAAUGAAAUUAGAUCACCUAUAAAAUAUAUAAUUUCAGGUUCAUUAUUAAGAUUAAUUUUAAUUCAAAUUCAAAAAGGUAAAGUUGAUGGUGCAGUAGCAAUUAAUGGUAUUGAUAAAUUGUUAAAAUCACAACAAUUAGUAUUUGGAAUUGUAUCAAUGUCACCUUCAAUUAUAAUAUUAUAUCAAAUUUAUAAAUAUUUUACAAGUUCUAAAAAGAUAGUAGUAAAUGGUAAACAAUUAAAUUUAAUAUGUCUUAAAAGUUUAAAUAAUAUUGAAAAUUUAUUAAUUCAAUUAAAAAAUAAGACAAUAACUAAUGGUGAAUCAAUUGAAGGUGAAUUAUUAAUUGAAAUAAUAAAUUUAAUUGUUAGCUCAAAACCAAUAAUACCAAAAGAAUUAUUUGAUGAUUGGAUAAGAGAUUUAAAUGAACUAAAUAAUAGUGAUUAUGAUAUAAGUACAAAAUUAGAUUUGGUUCAAAAUAUUUGGAAUAUGUAUGGACCAAUAUUUAGAUAG